CUCGCCAGUACUUCAUUUCCCAUCAUGCUUCAGGGUGAAGCGGUGUCCGUAGCAACAGCACAGGAAGUGGCGCGCAACUGUUGAAAAACUGUCACACAACAAACUGAAGCGGGGAUUUAGAUGCUGUUAAAUUUCGUCAACCGCUAGCUAGCUGUGUUUGCAAAGUUACAACCCAAAGUGCUCUUCUUUAAGCUUGGCUUACUAACAUAAAACAUGUCGCAUGUGAGAGUUGGGCGUCCACAACAACAUACCAAAGGAAAAAGGCCCAUUCGCCCCAAGAAAGCAGCUUCUAAAAAAGACUGGGUGAGCACUGUCAAUGACCUGUCUGUGCACAAGCUGUCACCUGCUGAGCUGGACCAUCGGCAUGAGAUUCACAAGUCCCACAACAAGGCAGCGGCUCAGUGGGAGCUGAGAGAGAAAGCCCUACAACGCCGUUUCAGACACGCUGGGAGCCCUGCACCUCUAGACCACGCCAGCCUCAGCAUCAUCAGGGAGGUGUUCUCUGACCAGCUGCUGCUUCAGGAUGUGCUGGCUCGCUCUGACAGAGCCAUGGCUGUGGUCAAAGACUUGUUUGGAGAUGCUCCGCGCAGGCAGGCUGGGCACCCCAGUGUGACGAUGGCUCCAAACUGUGACUCUGACUCAGCACUGCCUGUGCUCCAAAGACCAGAUCCUCCAACUCAGCUGUCACUGCUCAGCCAGUCUUUGAUGGACCAACAGGCUCUUAAUGAACUAGAAGCUUUAGAGGAAGACCACAGUGAUGAAGAUACCUAUCAUACUGGCAGUUCAGACCAUCCUAUAAUCCAUAGGGCCAAUGUACGAAAAAUUGAUUCACAGUCUCGGUGUAGACAACAGAAAGUCCAUCGUCCUAACUCUGACCAUGCAGACAGAGAUAAUGUUCCUGUAACCCCCUGCACAUCAUACAGAGCACCAGGCCACACAGCUCUCAAUGCCACGGUGGCUGUUCAGCGUCUUCGUUCCAGACAAAGCCAGUCAGAGGAAGGCAAAGAGGAACCGACAGUCCUGGUUUCUCAGGUCCUGAACCCUGAGCUGCCUCUCAACCAGUCAGGCAGGAUCAGUAGUAGAACCAGCAGGAACAGGAAGUGUGUUUCUCAAAGUUCAUGGCUGGAUGGUUCCUCUGUUGCCUCUCUCAAUGGGGACCAGUCCAGUCUGGGCCUGCUGCAGGCCAUGCUGGGUCAGGUGGAGGCAGACUUGGAUACUCUGAGACCUGACACUGUACCAGCUUCAGCACAGAGUCAGAAACAGCAAAGAACACAAGGCCUCACUGGAUUCUCUGUCGCCUUGGUCUCCACUCUGGGACGUUUAGUGCACCUCCUCAAACAGAGGGAAGAGGAAGCUCAGGAAGAGGCUCUGGAGAAGAGGAGACUGGAGGAGGAGUUGAGAGAGCAACGUGGGCUGAUUGAUGCUCUCACUGCUGAGAUGAUGACUCUGAGAGAAGAGGCUGCCGCCCUGCAGGCCGGGUUGCAGCAGCAGACAGCAGAGCUGGAGCAGAAGUUGGACACAGUGGUGUUGGUGAUGGGGGGACUUGGACUACUGGAGGCACACAUUGACCCACCCCAAGAAGCUGCAGUUAGUCAGUCUGCACCAGUUGCUGAGCGAGAUCCUGAACGUCUACAAGCCUCUGUUUCUCCUGCUGUCUUGCUCUCUCCCCCUCGGCAGAGAGACAACUGGCAACAAAUUCCUGUGCCUCAUCCUGUAGCACUGCACCAGGAACUUCCUCCUGUAGAUGUCCUGCGUUCCCGUGAGGAUGUCCACUCCCACAGCUCAGCCUAUAGCCUCACCAGCCUUCCUCUCACCAGCCUGCCUUCUACGUCCUCAUUAUUACUGACCUCUGACCCCCUUAGCUCACAGCUCUCUCCAGAGGCCAUGCUGGCUGAGAUCGCUGAGCUGAACAGACAGAACAACCUGAUCAGGGCCCAGCUUAGCCAAGCUAAGGGCCUGGGGUCAGGGGUCGGACAAUCGCCUAACAGUAGCAACGAGCAGAGAAGGUUGAGCUCCAGCAGCUCAGGAAGAGUCACACCCCAAAGUGCCGGAGAGAGGAGGACAUCAGUUUCCAGCAGCACGAGGAGGAGGAGUCGGCAUGUACAGGCUGCUGAAGGAGAGCAGCUGACUCAUCAGGUAACAUCCCCUAACACCCUCCAUGCGAGCAGUGUCGGACAGCGCCUCCUGGAGCUAAACAGACAAAGUGCAGCGGCGAGGGGUCGACUGCUGGAGCUUAUUGAGCAACAGAAGCAAAGUGAUGUAGCCAAAGUUUCUCCCUCCGAUUCCCCCAUCAGUCCUUCUGCCUUUAGACCACAUUCAGCAGUUGGAGGAGGAAGUCCAGAGCUGCUGGCUGCACAGGAGCUCCUGCCACACACUGGUGGUGGUGAGAGACGAUAUGUUGGUUCUGAGGUGUCUUCUCAUAGUCUUGGAGGAGAACCAAGGGAUGGCAAAACCCAGAAACAGAUAGAGAAACGGAGAGAGAGAGAGGGUUGGUUUGCCUUGUCCGCUCAUGUGAGAUGACAAGAGGAGUAGUUAUUCAACUUGAGGAAAUUUAAAACCUGUGUUUUGUAGUAUUUUAUCUAUGCCUUUUUAAAUGACUGAAUUAAACAUGUUUUUAAAUUAA